GUGGCUGAGGGACGGGCGCGGGAACCGGAGCUCGCCAUGGACCCGGAGCCGGGACCGGGCCCUGAUCCCGACCCGGGGCCCGAUCCCGACAUGGACCCGGGCCACGAUCCGGUAACGGGCCCGGUGCCGGUAACGGACCCGUUAACGGACCCGGCGAACGAUCCCGACGUGGAGCCGCUGCACCGGGGCGGCUUCCGCUGCCGCCUGUGCCAGAUCACCACGGCCAACCUGCCGAGCCUGCGCUCGCACCUGGCGGGGAAGCGGCACGGGCGGCUCCGGGCGCUGCGGGCGGAGCGCCGGGCGCAGGAGCAGCGGAGCCUUUUCGUCAGCGGCUUCCGCCGGGGCACCGCGCCCGAGCAGCUGCGCCGCCACUUCCGCGCCUUCGGCCCUGUCGCGACAGUCGUGUUGGACAAGGACAAGGGCGCGUUCGCCAUCGUGGAGCUGCGGGACCGCGCGGCGCGGCAGCGGGCGCUGGAGCAGCCCCGGCAUUUGCUGGAGGGGCGGCGGCUGCGGGUGCGGCCCCGGGAGCACCGGGAAUGGCCCCGGGCCCCCCCCCGGGACCCCCCCGGGAACCCCCCGGGACCCCCGGGGCUGCUGCAGGCGCUGGGCCGGGCCCCGGACGUGUGGGCGCAGCUGCAGCUGCUGGUGCGGGCGCUGGAGCUGAGCGCGGCCGAGCGGCGCCUGCGGGAGCUGCUGCUGACCCUGAUCAGGGAGGUGUUCACUGAGUUCUUCCCAGGCUGCUCCGUUGUCCCCUACGGCUCCUCCGUCAACGGCUUCGACGUCCACGGCUGCGACCUGGACCUGCACCUGGAGCUGGGGGCGCCCCAAAUCCCAGAGACCCCAAACGGGGACCCCCAAACCCCAGAGACCCCAAACGGGGACCCCCAGAGCCUGGGGACACUGCUGGGGGAUGGGGACCCCCCCCUCAAAGGGUCCCUUUUAGGGUCUGAGGGGUCCCUUUUGGGGUCCCUUUCAGGUGACAGAGACCCCUCCCUCAAAAGGUCCCUUAUGGGGUCUGAGGGGUCCUUUUUGGGGGACAGGGGGACCCAUUUGGGGUCCAGGGGGUCCCAUUUGGGGUCUCCUUUGGGUAACCAAGACCCCUCCCUCGAGGGGUCCCUUAUGGGGUCCGAGGGGUCCCUUAUGGGGUCUGAGGGUUCCCAUUUGGGGUCUGAGGGGUCCCAUUUGGGGUCUCCUUUGGGUAACCAAGACCCCUCCCUCGAGGGGUCCCUUAUGGGGUCCGAGGGGUCCCUUAUGGGGUCUGAGGGGUCCCAUUUGGGGUCUCCUUUGGGUAACCAAGACCCCUCCCUCGAGGGGUCCCUUAUGGGGUCCAAGGGGUCUGUUUUGGGGUCCGAGGGGUCCCUGUCAGGGGAUGAGUCCCCCGAGUCCGACGGGUCCCGUUUGGGGUCCGAGGGGUCCCUGUUGGGGUCCGAGGGGUCCCUGUUGGGGCGCGGGGCCGGCGCGGAGCGGGCGCUGCUGCUGGUGGGCGCGGUGCUGCGGCGCUGCGUGCCGGGGGUCCGGGGUCCAGCGCCGUGCCGCGCCCGGCGCCCCGUGGUCAAAUUCAGCCACAAACAGUCGGGGCUGGCCGGGGACGUGUGCCUGGACAACCGCCUGGCCCUGUUCAACACUCGCUUCCUGCGCCUCUGCGCCGACGCCGACCCGCGGGUGCGGCCCCUGGGCUACGCCCUGCGGCUCUGGGCGGGGGGGCAGCGGCUGGCAGGGAACCGGGCCGGGGGCGGCCCCCUCCUCACCAACUACGCGCUGACGCUGCUGCUGGUGCUGUUCCUGCAGAGCCGCAGCCCCCCCGUGCUGCCCUCGGUGCGGCGCCUCCGCCUCCUGGCAGGGCCCCAGGACCGUGCCCAGGUCGGGGGCUGGGAUUGCAGCUUCCCCCGGGACGCGGCGGCGCUGGAGCCCAGCGGGAACCGACAGAGCGCCGCCUCCCUCCUGGCCGAAUUCUUCUCCUAUUUCGGCUCCCUGGAUUUCGGGGGGCUCCUCCUGUCCCCCCUGGAGGGCCGAGCUCUGCCUCGCCCCCCUCCCGAGGCUCUCGGGGGUCUCCGCCCGGGCCCCCUGACCCUGCAGGACCCCUUCGAGCUCAGCCACAACGUGGCCGCCAACGUCACGGCGCGCACGGUGUCGCGAUUCGUGCGCUGCUGUCGCGACGCCGCCCGCCUGUGUCGCGGCCCCGAGUUCCUGCAGAAAUCGCGGCGGGGCCGGCCCUGGGGCGUGAUGCGGCUGCUCCAGCCCGGGAACCGCGCGGGUUCGGGGAAUUCGCACGGGAAAUUCCUGAUCCAGGUGCCGCUGGGAGCCCCGGGGGGGCGCGGGGGGGUCCCGCAGGGCGAGGCGGGCGCGGCCGUGGGGUUCGUGCUCAGGGAGGUGCUGGGCUGCGGCUGCGAGCCCCGGGGUGCGGGGACAGCGCGGGGGAUGAGUGUCACCUGGGGAGGGGGACAGACGGGUCUGGGGGGGAAUCUGGGGACACGGGGACACCCCCGGGAGCUCAGUGUCACCUGGGGAGAGGGACAGACGGGUCUGGGGGGGAAUCUGGGGACACGGGGACACCCCCGGGAGCUCAAUGUCACCUGGAGGGGGGGACAGACGGGUCUGGGGGAAUUUGGGGACACGGGGGAUGAGGAGGAGCCACCCCCGGGAGCCGAGUGUCACCUGGAGGAGGGGACAGGAGGGUCCCAAGGGGAAUUUGGGACAUCGGGGGAUCCCUCAGAGCCACCCCCGGGAGCCGAGUGUCACCUGGAGGAGGGGACAGACGAUUCCCGAGGGGAAUUGGGGGACACGGGGACCCCCGGGCCGGGCUCGAAGCGUCGCCUCCCCGAGGGGGGCCCGGACGGGGCCGGGGUCCCGCCCGCAAAGCGGCCCCGGGGCCCCGCGGGCCCGUCCCGGUGGAGCUGCUGCGUCUGGUACCGGGUGUGGCGGGGCCGCCGCCGCCUCCGCCGCCGCCUCCGGCACCGGGGGCGCUCCGGGGAGGGGGGGCUCCGGAUCCCGGAGGGGUUCGGGAUUUUGGGGAGGUUCAUGGUCCCGGGGGUGUUCAGGACUUUGGGGGUCCCGGAUUUCGGGGGUUCCCCCCUGGCCCUGGAACGAGCCGUGACCGAGGCCAUUGUCCGAGGGGACACCGGGACCCCCCCCGCGCCCCCCCCGGAGCCGCUGCUGCGUUUCCAGCUCAGCGCCCGCCUGGGGGGGUCGCGCCGGGACCCCCAGAUGCUGCUGCAGCUCCAGCCCGACCCCCCCUCGCCGCUUUUCCAGGAGUUUUUCCAUUUUUUGCGGGGUUUUCUGCCCGGAAUGGUUCGGCAGCGCCUGGGCUGGGGGGGGGCGGGGGGCGCGGAGCCCCCGCCGGGGGCGGAAUUUGUAAAUUCUGAGGUUUUUCAGUAA